AGAAGGGAAGACACACAAUAGCUCCUAUCACUGAUUGCAACAGAAGCUCAACAAACACUGAGCUGGGACGUGUGAAUAUGGACCGAGAGGAUAGAGAUGUGAAGGCCGGUCUGAUUGAAGAGACGCAGCGUAAAGAUGCCACAAGGGGAAAAGCGAGUCCUCUAAGACUCACGCCAGCAAGAAAAAAAGUUCAACAGCAAAAAUCUACAGAGGAGUGGUCCAAAGUGCUGGAGGAGCCGGUCUCCAUCUCCCCGGAGCUGAGCUCCUGGAUCAAAGCCAACGCCAAUGAGCUAAAGAUCCCGCAGACAGACCGCCGCUGGGCUGCAGAGGUGGUCAACGAUUUCCGAGACAACCUGGUGAAAUUCCUGCGGAGCAGCAGUGAUCAGCCAUUCUUCCAGUCAGCUGAUUUCCUCACCACCGGCAGCUACUUUGAGAAAGUGAAGAUCCACAGCCCGGAUGAGUUCGACAUGAUGCUGAAGCUUCAGGCUCCGUCACGCUUCAACAUGAAGGAGCUCGACGAAGGCCUUUUCUACCAGAUCGAUCUUGUCCGGCCGACUCGGGGCCCCAUACAAGUUUUUCUCCUGGAGAAUGGGCUCACCCUCUCAUCCAGAAAGAUCCUGAGUGAGACGUUUCGCCUGGUCCGCAACUUCCUCAAGAACUACAAAGUGCCAGAUGAAGGCUGUCGCUGGGAGGUGAACAGGAAGAAACCCGGCUCACCGGCUGUGACCUUGUCUCUGUUCAGGAAUGACAUGUACAGCGACGAGUUGAUCUCUCUGGACCUGGUUCCUGCUCUGGAGGUUCACUCCUCUCAGGGCUGGCCUCUCCCAGUCCGUAACGGACCCGACGUGGAUAACUGGCUGGGAAAGAAGGUUCGCAAAGAGAUCACCAGUUUACCGUGUUACUUCGUACCAAAGAGGAUGAAGGGAAGAAACCUCAGCGGGGAAGCCAAAGAAAGUUGGAGGAUUUCUUUCUCUCACGUUGAGAAGAAAAUCAUCACGAGCCAUGGCAACAAGAAAACCUGCUGUGAGGGCAAAGCCAACAAAUGCUGCCGGAAAAGGUGCUUGAUGCUGCUCAAGUCUCUGAUUGAAGGUCUGAAACAACGUUUCCCCAAAGAGCUGGAUCCCCUCUGCUCGUACCACGGGAAGACCGCCUUCCUUCACAUGCUGUCCAUCAGGUUUGACGACUCGAUGUGGGCUCUCCAGCAGCUCCCCGCCUGCUUCCUGCUCCUCCUCGGGGCUCUGGAGGCCCACACUCGUGCAGGAGUCCUCCCUCACUUCUUUGCUCCCAACUACAACCUCUUCUCGGGUGCUGUCUUCCCCCGCAAAGCGAUGUCUUUCCUCCUCCAUGCUUUGGAGGAGCAGAGGAGGGAAGGCCUGCCCCUGCUGAAGCCUCCCACUCCUGUCUCACCGCUCUGCAACUUUGUGAAAGGGAUAUCUGAUGAAAGCUUUUCACUUCCUCCCUCACCUGCUGACUCCCCAUCUUCACUGUCCCCUUCCUUGUCUCCUAUUCUAACAUCCUCUUCACCCCUCUCUGCCAAUAAGUUGGUAAGGAGAGAUUGGAGAGAAUCUGAACCUUGUAGCUUCACUACCGGGGUCUCUCAGGUCUCUGCUCUGGGUCCUCUCUGCUUCUCUGAUAUAUCCACUGAUAAGCCCUCCAUACUGACUGCAGUCUCCUCUCUGGACACUGCAUUGAUGAAAAAACUAGUCCUAGUGUUUGUGGCAGCAUUUGUGUGUGUCCUAUUAUGUAAAUUAUAUAACUAAUGGGGAUUCACACUGAAUAUAUAAAGCAUCAAAGACACUCCUCCCUCUUUUAAAGCAAUGUAUACAUUGGAAAACAGAUAACUAAGGGAGUUAUUCCUUAUAGAUUUGACAGUUUUACUCGAUUGCUAACACCAUUUUUUUUUUUGAACUUGCUCAGUUUCUCAGAACACUAAACAGAAUUCACAAAGCCAUACACCCAA